AUGAGCUCUGAAGAAGAUUUCUCGGAUGAAAAAGAUUCCUUGCAAUAUUUGAGAUACCAGAUCUCAGGUUGUCUUGAUCGAAUACAUAGUGCAGGGUCUUUCGCAACAUCCGACCACAACGUCGAGCACAUUCACCCUGGUCUAAUCGUUAAAGACGUCGGUCCUAUCAGACUUCCUUUAUCUCCUGAAGAUGCAAAGGCUCUCAUUCGGGUGAGCCGUCAGGCCCCUUUUGGCAAGGGAACAGAAACGCUGGUUGACGAGACUGUGAGGAAGACUUGGGAGAUCGAUGGGAAAGAGUUGUCGUUCGAAAAUAACGCCAGGAAUACCUGGCUUGAUCGUGUUCUGGACCAUGUCUCCGAGCGUCUAGGUAUCCCUGGUGGUGCUGGCAGUGUACAAGCUGAGCUUUACAAGUUACUGGUUUACGAGGAGGGUGCCUUCUUUAAACCCCACAAAGAUACGGAGAAGACCAAAAACAUGUUUGGAACACUGGUCGUUUGCUUACCAUCUGAACAUGUUGGCGGUGGAGUUCGCUUGAUUCAUGGAAAGGAAGCCAGAGUUCUCGAAUCAGACAAGUGGUCGUCUUACGGUGUGUCGUAUUUGGCUUGGUACAGUGAUGUAUCUCAUGAGGUGUUGCCGGUUCAAUCCGGAUAUCGAUUCGUUUUAACAUACAACCUCAUCGACACUGGUCUUAAGCGUCAUCCUUCGGCUGCCGCACUAGACGCUGAACAAUCUCAAAUCGACCGGAUGCUUGCUGAAUGGUAUGCCAUGCAAGGCAGUCUAAAAGGUGACGACUACUACCGCUGUUCUCAGCUUGACAGAGCUUGCCAGUCAAGUGGUCGCUUCUGCUUUUUUCUAUUCCGGCUGGAGCUGACCGUGACUCCAAUCGACGACGAGGAAUAUGGGGAAGACGGCGAGGAAGAGCUCUGCUUAAACGGUGUUGUCACUCUGCAGGGCAUCAGACUUCAAGAUUCCUUAACGAUAUCGAAAGACAGCCUUGUCCAGAGAAACCUGUAUGAGGCUCGUGAGCACGACCAACAAUGGGGAGGGGAACGCUUGGGCAAUCAGCAUGCUGACAUCCAACAAGUUUACCGCGAUGCUGUCGCUGUCAUUGUGUCUCGGGACCACAUGACGGAAUUUCUCCUGGGAAAUGGUCACAAGCUUGCAGACUACUCGAACUUUCUCCAACGACUUUUCACUGACCUCAGAGACCAGAACGGCGAUGAACGUCAUCUCUUCCGCGAAAUGAUCGUCCAGACGUGCCAAAAACACCUUGAAAGCCGGUACACCAACACGCGCGUCAAAGAUCGUUUUAUGGGUCCAACAGCAAUAGCGUCACUGCGCAUCAACAAUCCCGAGACAGCCCAAGCCGCCCUUCACGCCGUGGAGGAUAGCUUCGACAUAUCUACCUUCCAGGACCUCGGCAGCCUAGGGUUCGAACAAACGAGAGAAUUUUGCACAGAAGCUUGUUCUCGCAUUUCGAAACUGCACCUAGUUGAUCGUGGUCUCCGAGCAUUCCGCUCUGGUAUAUCCGGCGCUGUCCAACCGGACGCGAGCAAAACAUCAGAAGGCGCAGUCUACCAAUGGGCAGUGGAUAUCCUCUGCAAGGUUUUAAAUUCGAUUGCAGAGGUCUCGCCCAAGGAUGCAGGAGCUGUGGUUCAGAUCAUGGAUACUUAUGAAGACGAAAUACUCUGGGAAAGGUAA